AGGGACUAUCAACAGGGAGUACAGCCGAUGCAAAAGGAAAAUUGGGGUAUGAGAGCCACCAGAAUCCGUUCCCAUCCUUCGCUGCCCGGGGCCCAGUCUGACUGACAUCCUUCGGAUCAGCACCGCCACUGAACCACCUCUCGAAUAAACCUAAUAUCGUUGAACCUUCAACACCAUGGAUCUGAGAGUGGGGAACAAGUACCGACUGGGACGGAAAAUAGGGAGUGGGUCCUUUGGAGACAUUUACCUUGGUGCCAACAUUGCCACGGGCGAGGAGGUGGCCAUUAAGCUGGAAUGUGUGAAGACCAAACACCCACAGCUGCACAUCGAGAGCAAGUUCUACAAGAUGAUGCAGGGAGGAGUGGGGAUUCCCUCGAUAAAGUGGUGCGGGGCAGAGGGAGACUACAACGUCAUGGUGAUGGAGCUCCUGGGCCCCAGUCUGGAAGACCUCUUCAACUUCUGUUCCCGCAAGUUCAGCCUCAAAACGGUGCUACUGCUGGCAGACCAGAUGAUCAGUCGCAUCGAGUACAUCCACUCCAAGAACUUCAUCCAUCGCGACGUCAAGCCCGACAACUUCCUCAUGGGGCUGGGGAAGAAGGGCAACCUGGUGUACAUCAUCGACUUUGGCCUGGCCAAGAAGUACAGAGACGCCCGCACACACCAGCACAUCCCCUACAGGGAGAACAAGAACCUGACGGGCACUGCACGCUACGCAUCCAUCAACACCCACCUGGGCAUCGAGCAGUCUCGGCGUGACGACCUGGAGUCUCUGGGAUAUGUCCUCAUGUACUUCAACCUGGGCUCUCUGCCCUGGCAAGGCCUGAAAGCCGCCACAAAGAGGCAAAAGUACGAACGCAUCAGCGAGAAAAAAAUGUCCACCCCCAUCGAGGUGCUCUGCAAAGGAUACCCCUCCGAGUUCUCCACCUACCUGAAUUUCUGCCGCUCGCUGCGCUUUGACGACAAGCCAGACUACUCAUACCUUCGGCAACUCUUCAGGAAUCUGUUCCACAGACAAGGCUUCUCCUAUGACUACGUAUUCGACUGGAACAUGCUCAAAUUUGGUGCCAGUAGGACAGCAGAAGACGGUGAGAGGAGGGGAGCUGACGAAAGGGACGAGCGUAUCGUAGGAGGCCCUCGGGGAUCUGCUGCACGAGGUCUCCCGCCAGGGCCAAACCCACCAGCCGUCAACAGAGUUAGGAAUGGACCUGAGCAGGCCAUCUCUAACCCCGCCGCACGGGUGCAGCAGUCUGGGAACACGUCGCCGCGGGCUAUCUCUCGCGCUGAGCGUGAGCGGAAGGUGAGCAUGCGGCUCCACCGAGGAGCACCCGCAAACGUGUCAUCCUCUGACCUCACAGCCCGUCUUGACCAAUCCCGAAUUUCCACAUCGCAGGUCAGCAUGCCAUUUGAGCACCUGGGGAAGUGAAACCUUCCGCUCCACAUGCACUGGAUACUGACAGGGCUUCAAGAGAUCCUUUGUCCCAAUUUUGUUUCUUUUGUGAAUUUUUGCCAAUUGGACAAAUAAGUGGAUCUUGGAGGAAAGGACAGAGAAUCAUAAACCGAUGAGUUGGUCAAGGACUGCAGGAAUUUCUCCCCUCCACCUUAACUUUGAUGGGAUAAACCUGGCCUAUAAUAGUACGAGGAUAAGAUAGUGAAUAACACCCUCUUCUCCACUGACCUAUUUACCCCAUGGUAGCUUGGAUCAUGCACCCCCUGCCACACACCUUUGUCCCUCCCCCACUAUUUUCUGGGCGGCUGGCAGAGGUAGAAGACUGAUUUGGGGGUCCACAAAGCCAAGCAGGUGCUCCUUUGCCAAAUAUCGUUCCGGCACAAACGUGUUCCAAACCAAGAAAAGGUCAACUCGAAAUUUGGGCUUGUGUGGAUUUAGCCAUUUCUGUUUACACUGCAAAGACCACACACACACACAAAAUGUGCCCAUGUAUGUUUUAACCAAUUCAUCUAUAGAAUAGUAAGGGGCUGUACUCCGUUGGUAUGAUUUACUGUGAAUAGAUCAUAUUCAUUUGGUGGGGGUAUUGUUGAGGCUUGGGCAAUUUUAGUUUCUUUAUUUGAUGUUUCAAUUUGGAAAGGAAAGAUGCAGCUGAAGAGAAGGAAUGGUGAGAAAGAUUGAGAGAUGGGUGGGUGGUAGAUGAAGCCAUGAGAAAGGAAGAGCAAGUGAUUAUUAGCUGUAAUGGUGUAGAAAUAGUGUUGGGUUCUUUACCCCUACUUUACCUCUUACUGAAUUGCUAAUUCUCUACUUUAGCCCUCUUUGGAACUGAUGUUGCCCAAAAGCCAACACCUCACACAAUGAUUGAGGUCUGAUGGGAAUGGAUGAGCUCUGUACUUGAUUGAAGGGGGGGUGCAUGAAGUGGAAUGGCAUUUUAAUAAAAAAAAAUUUACUUCACUGUAAAUAUUUUUUUUAUUUCUGUGUAAAGCCAAAAUGUGGCUGGUUGUUUAAGGUGUAAUGUAGAAAAAUCCAUACUAAAUGCAUAAAUUGUGGCUGGGGAUCAGAAUUUUUGAAAAUAUUAAGUACUAAAUUGGGAGGGAUUUUAGAAACUUUUACAUCGCUAACUGGGUCGUGUGUGUGUGUGUGUCAGAAGUGUAGGUCUGGUGCAUGGACUCUCAGAAUUCCAUAGGUCUCCUGUUAAGAUCACAGGGCUGCUGGGGACAAACUGCAGGCUAUACAUUACUCAUGCCUUAUUAUUUCAGAUUGUCCAUCUCACUGUUAUUUUUUUGAAACUCAAUUUUGUUUCUCUUGUGUAUGAGGAAACUCUUGAAGUAUUGCACUUUGUUUUUCCUCUUUUUGUCCCGUUUAUUUUAUUACCAGCAGUUUGUUCAUAGCCUGUUGAGAAUUUGUCACACUUCUCCCCAUCACUCUGUUCAAAGCCUUUCCUGGAGGCUGUCCAUGUUCUCCACCAAGGACCUGAUAUAGGGCUGUCUACUUUUCCUUUAAAAACAAAAAAUGCACUCUUGAAAAAGGGGAUGCUGACAGGGGUUGACGUCAUUGGCGCCUUCUAUUGCAAAAUAAGAGGUCCCUGGAUGUCAUUUACCAGCACCCUUGAUGUCAUUGAUGAUAACUGGGACUCGGAUGCAGUCACAGUGAUGUCACAGAUUCUGUUAAUGACCUGUGUUUGCGACGUGUCCCUUUGGCAAGCCAGUGUGACCCAGUGGCAAUGUAACUACGGGGAGGGAUGGCGCUGGUCAGGUUAUGGGGAGUAUACACUUUAUGUAUUGUGUACUGAUAUCUUGUACAGUUCUUUAACACACUUUAACUUUAUUUACAACAGUAUUUGUGUAUAUUUUAUGACCUAAUAAAAAAUAAAACUUCCACUCUUUUUAGUAAUUUGUUGAAAUGGCUCUAUUCUACUUCAGUUCUAUGCACUUGUGUACUGUUGUUUUUUUUUUUUUUUUUGUAAGUGUACACUGCAUUUGGGGAAAUUACAUGUAAUUAUCUAAAAUAGGACCAUUUCAGGGGACUAUGGAGGAGUGACUGGGUCUGAAAAUGCUUUUCUUCAAAAUUCAAAUUAAAUUCAUUACAGUAAUGAGACAACUCAGUACAUACUUUAUUGUAUGUUUACAGAUUGAAAAAUAAGUCACUACACUUGAAUACAUGAAGAUGUCAGGAAUAAUGAAUAUUUUACAUUCCAUUUGCAGAUACAUUUUUAAAAGGAUCAGGGUUUACAUUUGGGAAAUUAUGUAAGAAAAUGUUGUUCUUGUCAUUGACUAAUUCUAUAGAUUUUAAUAAAUAUUUAAGUUCAAUUCUUCUGGAACGGAUAUAUUACUGAAAUUGAAUGGAAGAAAGCUUGGUUGCCCCUUGAUUUGUAUGUGAAAGAAAUUAACUUUAAAAUGGGGAAACUAUUAUCCAAAUGUUUUGUGACAAGUUAUUUUGGAGCGAGCAAGUAAUUGUGUUUUUUAUUUCAUUAAGACGUAUGUAUUUACAAUAAAAUAUGUAAUAUUAUUCGAAUGAAAA